CAUUUAUAGGGGUCAUGUCACAUGCAUUGUUAACAUCAGAAAAGUGCAUUCCCCAAUAAGAAAGGUAAAGCAAACAUAAAUGCCCAUAUUCGUACGCCACCAAUAUUCAAUUCAAAUUCAUCCCAAAUGAUAAAUUCAAAUCCACCAUCUUUCCUUUACGCUUACUUCUUCCUUUUCAAACAACCACUUCAAUAUUUUACACACAGAUAGAUAGAUACCUUUCCAAAAACACUAACCAAAUGACUAAUCUCCAAAUUCUAACCCAACAAGAACCCGCCGAAACCAACACCGAAAAUCAAAUCCCUCUUCUAACUUCAAAUUCAAAUCACGAUCAUGCACCAGAAGAAAAAGACGAAGAAAAUGAAGAAGAAACUAAUAACAAAACCGAUACUGAAGUCGAUAAAACCCUAGCGCGUUUGGAACUGUUUUUAAACAUCUUAGGGUUCAAUCCGCGUUCCGUUUUAUACUCCGUCAUUUGCUGGACGGUUUUCUUCACGCUCGGAGUGGCGGUUCCGUUAACGGCGUUAUGGAUGUGCGACUGUUCGGAGUGCGAGAAGUACGAGCUGCGCGGCUGUGAAAUGGUGAUCGUUACAUUUCAGGCGAGUCUCGCCGCCGUUUCGUUGCUCUGUCUUUCGCACUGCUUGAGGAAGUUUGGACUCCGGAGGUUUCUAUUCGUUGACCGGUAUACUGGACACGUUGCGUGCUUUCAUCGCGAUUAUGUCAACCAGAUUUCGGGAUCUUUGCGUCUAUUCAUUCUGUGGGUAUUUCCGUGCUUCCUUCUGAAGACCGUGCGAGAAAUCAUUCGCAUUUCAUAUGUUCAACAUGGAUCGUGGGAGUUCUCGAUUAUGAUUUUUAUAGCUUUGAUUGUAUCUUGGACAUAUGUUAGUGCAAUCUCUCUAUCAGCCUGUAUUUUGUUUCACUUGGUCUGUAAUUUGCAAGUCGUCCAUUUUGAUGAUUAUGGGAAACUUUUGGAGAGGGAGAGCGAUGUGUUAGUGCUUUUGGAAGAGCACAUGCGGCUGCGCUAUCAUCUUUCCAAGAUAAGCCAUAGGUUCAGAAUCUAUCUUCUUCUGGAGUUCUUGGUUGUCACUGUUAGCCAAGUUGUGACUCUGUUGCAGGUCACAGGAUAUCGUGAUAUGAUUACAGUCGUAAAUGGUGGAGAUUUUGCUGUAUCCACACUUGUUCAGGUAGUUGGUAUCAUUAUUUGUCUUCACGCAGCAACAAGAAUUUCUCAUAGAGCUCAAGGCGUUGUUUCACUUGCAAGCCGGUGGCAUGCCAUAGCAGCAUGCGCAUCUUCUGAUACUUCCCAAAUGAGAAGCUCUGCAAGUGCAGGGAGCCUUGAGGUUGCAAACCAUUUAAACUCAAUAAGUAUAGACUAUUCUGAAAGUGAUGUGGAAUCGUUGGAUUUUGGAGGGAUGCCUCUAAAUACCCAAUUGGUUUCUUAUAUGUCCUCACAUCACAAGAGGCAAGCUUUCGUAAUGUACUUGCAGUCAAAUCCAGGAGGAAUCACUAUAUUUGGAUGGACAGUGGACCGGUCUCUUGUCAACACAAUUUUCUUCCUUGAAUUAAGUCUCGUUACAUUUGUUCUAGGUCAGACAUUGAUCUCAUGAUGAAAAUUACUCGCAAAGGCAGGUUACUGAAUUUCUAGCUGUGCUAGAAUGUGGUAGAAAGGAUGGACCAAGAUUGCCUUGUUAGUCGCAACCUUAAGAUUUGUGAUUUCUCAUCAGUGUUCUUCAUCUUCAUCGAUGUUGUGAUUUCUCAUCAAUGCUCUUCAUCUUCAUCGAUGUUGUGAUUUCUAGUUUGCACAUGAUCCAUUCCAAGCAAACAACUUGCCCCAAUGUGUAGCAGUGCAGUUUUCUAUAUGCCAGGACUACAUAUUCUUCAAAGCAGCCAUUGUCACUGUUAUUCAUAAACAAAGGAUUGUAUACCUCAUAACGCUGAUGAUAAAACCUCUGGACAAGUGUAACUUAUUAGAGCAUUCUCUUGUUGAAUUCAAGUCUUAUUUCUUUUGGUGAAGUUAGGAGUGAGAGCAAGAGUGUAUACUAGCAUAUAUUUUAUGGACAAUAUUUAAUUCUGAGGUAAA